CUUCAGAUUAUAACCUGAAGGAUGAAACUAAUGUGAUCAAGUGGAAGGUUUUCUUUGAAAAAUGGGGAAUGUAUGUCGUGAUCGGUGCGUACUUAGGAGGAUCUUUAACAUGCCAUGUUAAAGUAGAAAAAGAACAGUCUGUAGAAGACGUACAAAUUGCAUUGGCGGCAAAAUUUUUCUUUUUUCAGGGAUAUGCAGGCUAUGAUUUUUCCAAGGCAAACACACAAAGUACUAUUCAGAAAAGUUUAUCAUCCGUUCAUUCAACUUCUUUACAGUGGAAUGGUGGAAACAAAGAAACGUACAAGACAUCAUUAGAAAAUAUAGAUCAAAGUGAUUGGAAAGCAUGGGUAGAAUCAUUGGAGUAUUCCCCUGUUCCUCUAUGGAGUUCACUUGAUCUUUAUCCUCUGUACCAUAUCGUUGCUGAAGUUGACAAAGAUAAAAGUUUUAUCAUGCAGAGGGCUAUAAAUUUAGCUUUGAAAGGGGAAUUUACUUAUCAGCCCCCAAUAGUAGAUGAUAGAACUACCACUGCUAAAUCAAAAAAUGCUGGAUACUGUUUUCAUGAAAAUUCUGUUGUAGAACUCAGUAAUGGAAAUAUGAAACGAAUGAAAGACCUUAGGGUUGGUGAUAAGAUUAUAACAUUAAAUAGCAAAGGAAUUCUUGUUGAAGACGAAGUUAUUGUAUGGCUUCAUCGAUUAGGGACGGGUCAAUUUACUUUUCUAAAAAUAAUCCACGGCCUUGGCGAAAUCAUAUUGACCCCUGAUCAUAUUUUUUUUGUUGGAGAAAACAGAAACCCGCAACAAGCAUCCACUGUCAGUCCAGGUAAUCAACUUCGAUUUUUAACGACCGCGAAAGAUCGUAAGACGGUUAUUAUGACAACUGUAUUAUCAAUACAGACAGUGAAUGGAACGGGAGUCUACGCUCCAUUGACGUAUAAUGGCCGCCUUCUCGUUAACAAUGUUGAUGUCAGUUGUUACAGCACCUUGAACCCGCUACAAAUAAUGGGACAUGACUUAAUGUCAACACAUGCACUUGCUCAUAUGGCUUUCCUCCCGUUGAGGAUGGCUUUCACAUUUGGUUUGGAUAUCAAUAAUGAUGAAUAUGAUGACGGAACUGGGAUUCAUGGCUACGCAAGGUGGUUAAUGAAGUUAUACUGGGCUCAAUAGUUUCCCAUGAGAACUGGUAAGAUUUUGACUUGGCUAAGUAGAAUAUAAUACAGGCUUUCUGACAACAUGGUGGUCUAGGAACAGCAACCAUGACUAUUUCUAAGUUAAUUAAUGCAAAAUAUAGUGUGACACAACCUAAAUGAACAUCACAUUUUUAAACCAAAUUUGAUGAAUUGUUGCAUUUUACAGCUAUGUAUUUUAUCUCCCAUAGUUAUUUAGGAAGAUCUUAUUCCUUUUUAUAAUGGUAUUGCAUAUAAUUAAACAAUCUAUGUACCGAAUGAUAAGUUGAACGUUUUAAGAAAGUGGUAACGAAACAUAUCAAAGAUACCAGGCUUAUAUUUUGGUAAGCACGACAUGCGUUCGUCUACAUGGGAGUCAUCAGUGGUGCUCGAAUAAAAACAGUGAGACAGCCAUGCAAAUACGAAGUGGAAGAGCUUUAAAAAUUGUUAAGUUAGUUGAUUAAAAAAAAACGAUUAAAGUCACAAUUUACGAAAAAUAUUUGAUUGUUUUGGCAUUCAUCGUAUAUGAGAAUACUUACACAUAGUUAUAUUGAUGGUUUUUUUUUGUUCGGAUGAAUUUUAAAAUAUGACUUUAAAAACUCUGCUUAUUCAAAAAACGUUACAAUGUGAAAACUUACAUUUACAUAUGGAUUGUUAUUUCUUAUGUCGGAAAAAUACUUUUCCAUGAUACUUUAGUACAAAAAUACAUUAAA